GCAGGCAGUUGGCAUAGUUGGUUCAAAGCAUAGAAAUCAACAUGAAGUUCACACUUUUCUUCCUGGCACUGUGCCUGCUCGGCGUUAAUGCCUUCGUGCAGCCCAUUCCCCAUGAGAAUAUGUCGCCGGAGCUGUACGAUGUGACCGAAGAUGGUUUGGUCGACAUCGAGGCCUUUGGCACCCUCUACAAGACAUUCAAAUUGGUUCUGCGCUCGGUGAAGGGCUUCAACUGCGCCGUCAAGUGGGUGGUGGGCAUCAAGGACAGCGCCACUCAGUUCAACAGCAACGUUGUCCUCUGCGGCACCACGGCCAGCAAGGAUGUGACCAAUCUGAUCAAUGCCAACAUCAAGAUCAUCAAAACCGCCAACAACAUUAUCAGCUACAAGUCGACCAUCUGCGCCUCAGCCGAGGACGCCGACCAGAAGGUCACAAACAGCUGCUUCGCGAAGACUCUCUACCAGUUGUGGUCGCUCAAGAAUCAGGUGCAGAACGUGAUCACUCUGGCCAAGAAGCUGCCAAAGACUGCUCCCAAUGCGGGUGCCUGCGUCAACGAUGCUGUAAACACCCUGACCAGCUACUACACCCAGUUCCCCCAGAACAUCACCAACUGUUCCAAGCUGACCUCUUAGACAGCUCAAUCGUCUGUAUUCGAGUGAACACCAUUCCAUGAAGCAAUUAAAAAAUAAUCUGUGUUAACCACAAAA